GAACAUAUCUUACACCUUUCCAUGGAUGCCCUGAAAGAUUUAAGGGAAGAUAUAUCACUUAGAGCUGGCCUCUAUCGCCAUCUCCUGUGUGAAACAUAAAAUUACCUGAGGAGUUGUUAGUUGUGUUGAUUUUAAAAUGUGUUAACAACAGGAAAUAUGUGCGUUGCAAGCUUGCAAUGAAACUAUAAGCAGGGGAAGUUGGGGUUUGUAAUUUAGUUCAGCUGUUGCAUCUUUUUGGUGAUCACCAGGCUGAGCCAGUCUUGUAUUAAUUGUUGUCUGAUACAAUUCUUUAAUAAAACGAAUUAUUUUUCUACUGUAUCUAUUAUUCCAUCUGGAUAAUCCACGACAAAUCAAGUGGUGAGACUAAAAUGUCUUUCUCAUCGUUUAGGGUCCCGAAGUGUGCAGUGUCCUUAAUGUGCAGAAACGUUUCGACGGGUCACAUAUGGUGGCAAAGUAAAAAGAUAUCUAACAUGGUGGAAGUUCAUAAGAAGCUAAGGAAGGUAGUUGGAGCAUCCACCAAUUGGCAAGACCAUCAGCAGGCACUGGCUGAGCGUACAUCACUAAGCCAAUAUCUUGCUCAAAGUCAGGAUGAACUGCCUCCAAGAGGAAUGAAAGAUAGUGAAAUUGAGGUUGAUCUUCUUCUGGGUAGCCAGCCUGCCUUGAGAGAGAAAUACCUUAACGCUCAUAACAGUGUCAGGUUCGGUCGGAUUUUGGAGGACCUGGACUCUUUAGCAGUGCUCAUCUGUUACUUUCACACAUGGAAUAAAGAGCUGAAAAAAUCCCCACUGUCUAUUGUCACCGCCCUAGUGGACAAGAUUGACAUGAGAAAACACAUCAUCUACCCAGACCGUAAUAUCAAAUUUAAAGGUCAUGUGACGUGGGUUGGGAAAACAUCAAUAGAGACUAAAAUGCAGAUGUGUCAGUACUAUGAUGGGGUGUACACUGAUGUAUUAGAUGCCACAUAUGUUAUGGUGGCCAGAGAUCCCGAAAACAAAAGGGCAGCUUUUGUUAACCCACUGAAACCAGAGGGGCAAGAGGAAGAGGAAAUUUUUCGACUAGGAGAGAUUAACAAGAAAAGACGGGUGGAGCUGAGGACUGCAUCUCUUCUUAAAGUAGCCCCUACAGCUGAGGAGAGAACCCUCAUUCAUGACCUGUUUCUUCAAACUCUAGACCCCAGACGUGUGAAUUUUAAAAGUCGCAUUCUACCACCUAAUUCGAUGUGGAUGGAAGAUGCCAAAAUGAAAGGAUUGGAGAUUUGCCACCCAGAGCAAAGGAAUAUCUUCAACCGGAUAUUUGGUGGUUUUCUGAUGAGAAAGGCAUAUGAACUUGGUCGAUCUACUUUAGCUCAGUGGUUCCCAAACUUUUUCAAGUCUAUGCUUUACCUGGAUGGGAAGAGACGCUUUAAAGGGAUAAUGGAGAACCAGAGUGCUGAUAGGGGGACGAGAUUUCUGACCUCAUCAAACCUCGGCAACACUAACACUUGUUGA